AUUACUGUCGGAUAUUCAAGGCUAAUAAUGUAAAAGGGUAUACAGAUCCUGCAAAGCCAAUUUUUGGUCUUCUUAAAAUUGGUUUCUAUUACCAAAUACCAAACAUAACUGCUGCAGAAGAAACAUCGCUAGGAAUAGCUUCAAUUACAGUUCAGUUAUCUGCCCGAGGCUUUAAUCCAUUAUUAUAUCCUAAUCAGAAUAAAGAUAAUAUAGAUGAAGCAAUCAAAUCACAUUUGAUGCUUCAACGUAAUUUCAUUCCAGCAAUGGCUGGUUACUGUGGUUUGGAGACCAGUUAUAAUGAGGCACCAUUUCUCGAAAGCGAAGUCAGCCAAUUCCCGCUGAACAAGAAUCCUUAUAAUAUGCCUGUUGGUACAACUGGUUAUUUUUCCGUGGCUGCGCAAAGCUUUAUCCAAGAACAAACGGUUGAACAGAG